GCACCGCGUACCGGUACGGUAGUACACAUGCAAUUCGCAAGAGUGAAUAGUGAAAUCAUGUGGCUACAAAUAGAAUGAAAAUUGCCAGUCAUUGACAUUUUUGCCAUAGUCGGAUCAAUCUAUCUAGAUAUGUUGCCAGAAUUUUCGCCUCUUGACUUCAAUUCAGGUUCCCGCACAGGCACAGCACAGCUAGGACUGAGGAUUCAGAAUUACUACUGAUCAUAAUUACUUCAGCAGAAACAGACACUUCAAGCAGAGGCAGAGCUACUGUAAUUGUCAUUUAUCAGAGAAGUGAUCAGCAGUUACUUUCUCAACUUCUGACUCAGGACAAUUCGCAAUGUCUUCAAGACUGCUGUGCAACACAUUCUUACAGCAGUUGGUACGCCAUGAACGGCAUUCCAACCAAACAUCCUCCCUAUUUAGGAUUCUGAGCAGGAGUGCACGUACAUCUUCAAUGGGAAAAUCGAACAGUGCUCUGAUGAUGGCGGGGCUGUGUCUCAGUGGCGGGCUGGCGCUGGGAGCUGCAACAUACAGGAACAAACUCCACAAAAUGUUUUCUUUGGUCCUCGUUGGAGACAAUUUUGUGCCUUCGCAGCUGAUUUUAAAGAGAUCCCUUUGUGCACAGGCAAUUAAUCCAAAGAGUACGUCUGAACGAGACCUUCCUGGCUGGACUCCGAGGACAAGGGAGCUCUACAAGGAGUACCAAGCCCAGCUCCUCCAGUGUUCUAAGGGAUGGACUGAGAUGCUGAAUUCGGUGGACAGAGAGAGGAACGUGACGGGCUUCACGCUGAAUCACCCAGAAGUCGGUGCGACGUUCGAGUACGUCAUGUUCUUCAACGAGGAGGAGAAGAAGAGCAUAACUAUAGUGCAGUUUGGAGAGAAGGUCCAGGGACCUCCAGGGCAUGUUCACGGAGGAGCUAUUGCUACAGUUGGUGAUGCAUGCGCUGGGGUACUCAUCUUUAACGGACUUGAUAUAAAGUGCGUCACUGCUAAUCUCAGCGUCAACUAUAAAAAGCCUUUACCAGUUAAUUCCACCAUCAUCAUAGAGACAGUGGUUGAUAAGAUUGAAGGUGUGAAGUACUACACAACAAGCAUCUUUAAGAGUCCAGACGGAAGUAUAAUCUACGAUACCGUCACAACUCUUUUCAUAGAUAUAUCCAAAUAUUUGAUAAAGAAGGGAUCGUUAUCUAAAAGUAGUGCCCCUUAACUGAAAUCCAAGGGUUUCACUGCAAAUAACUGUCGUAAGUCUAGAUCAUUUUCCUCUAUUGCUCCUCGCCUGUGAAAUUCCCUCCCAUCAUCUAUUCGUGAAAUUGACAACCUGGACCACUUCAAAGCUUCACUCAAAACUCACAUCUUCCUUCAGACAUUUAAAUGCUAAUUUUAUUGGAGGAGCUCGCGCCUUUGAAUGUUUUU